GUUCAUCACGCGCCACCUCAGCAGAGCCAAUCAGAUUCAAAAAAUGGCCUCGCGUUGUUGACAACGCUGGCAGCACUUCCGCUGUGAUAAUGAGGGCCGCACCGGCGACAGUAACUGAAAAUAUCUGAAGUGUUCGUGACGUACCAAAAUACAGCUACUGCUGGUCUUUGUUUACAAGAAGAUUUGGCAGCGCAUCUAAUAGAGAACUGAACCGUGGAAGCAAGUUAUCCUGCUGGUGCAUUCAUCAAAGAAGAGGAGGCAUAUUAUAGCUUGAAUAACUCAAGAGGAUGGGGCUUCAUUUCUAAAGAGGGAAAAAAGCAAGAGAAGAAAUAUAAACAGCAAAUAAAAACAGAACCAUCAGACAGACUGAGUCUGUCUUGAUCUUUUCCUUUUUUCCACCCUCCCUUGUUUGUCUCCGUCACUCCUCCAUCAGGAUGAAGCUGAAGGAGGACGUGCCUCCUCUUUUCCUACACGUUUUUCGCUCUGUGGUUUGGGUCUACUCCUUCAUCACCUUUAUACCCUGGUACUUCCUGUCUGGAGCAGGGGCCAAUCAGAGCCGUGCCAAACGCAUCAAAGCACGUUCAAUUACAGGGAAUCCGGCAGGGCCUUACCGCUCCGUCAAUAGCCAGAAGCAGCUCGUUUCAGAACUCCAUGAUGGACUGAGAACUCUUGAUAAAGUGUUUGAGUAUGCAGUUAAACACUUUCCUCAGAGAGACUGUGUCGGUACCCGAGAAGUGCUCAACGAGGAAGAUGAAGUGCAACCCAAUGGCAAGAUCUUCAAGAAGGUGAUAUUGGGUGAAUAUAAGUGGCUAUCAUAUGAAGAAACCUUUCAGUUGGUCCAGAGGUUUGGGAGUGGCCUGGCUGCCCUGGGUCAGAAGCCUCAGUGUAACAUUGCUCUCUUCUGUGAGACUCGUGCCGAAUGGAUCAUAGCAGCUCAGGCCUGCUUCAUGUACAACUUCCCAUUGGUGACUCUAUACUCUACUCUGGGAGGGGCAGCAAUAGCCCAUGGACUGAAUGAGACAGAGGUCACACACAUCAUCACCAGUAAAGACCUUCUGCAGAGUCGUCUCAAGGAAAUUCUGCUGGAGGUCCCUAGGCUUCAGCACAUAAUCAUUGUUGAUCAUAAGCCCACCAGCUGGCCUGGUCUACCCAGAGGCAUUCUGGUCCACAACAUGUCCUCUGUACAGGAGCUGGGAGCAAAACCUGAGAACAUGAUUUUGCAGCGGAGACUGCCCCUUCCCCACGAUAUUGCUGUGAUCAUGUACACUAGCGGUUCCACAGGAAUCCCCAAAGGAGUCAUGAUCUCGCACAGUAACAUCAUUGCUGGGGUAGCUGGCAUGGCUGAACGUAUCCCGAACCUGGAUGAGAAUGACACCUAUAUUGGGUACUUGCCACUGGCACAUGUGUUGGAGCUCAGUGCUGAGCUUGUGUGCGUUUCUCAUGGCUGCCGCAUUGGAUAUUCCUCACCACAGACCCUCUCCGACCAGUCAACCAAAAUUAAAAAAGGCAGUAAAGGAGAUGCCACUAUCCUGAAACCAACGCUUAUGGCAGCUGUGCCGGAAAUCAUGGAUCGUAUCUAUAAGAAUGUGAUGACUAAGGUGGAUGAGAUGAGUCGAGUGCAGAAGACUCUCUUUGCGUUGGCCUACAACUACAAGAUGGAGCAGAUCACUAAAGGAUAUAGCACUCCACUAUGUGAUCGUCUGGUUUUCAGUAAAGUGCGUUCAAUGCUGGGUGGGAAUACACGAGUGUUGCUGUCAGGAGGCGCUCCGCUGUCUGCCGCUACUCAGCGCUUUAUGAACAUCUGUUUCUGUUGCCCAGUGGGACAGGGCUACGGCCUCACAGAGACCUGUGGUGCCGGGACUAUUAGCGAAUUAUAUGACUACAGUACUGGCCGAGUUGGAGCACCUCUGGUGUGUUCUGAGAUCAGGCUUAAGGACUGGGAAGAGGGUGGAUACUACAGUACUGACAAACCCAAUCCUCGAGGGGAAAUUCUGAUUGGUGGACCAAAUGUUUCUAUGGGUUACUAUAAGAACAAGGCAAAGAAUAACGAAGACUUUUUUGUUGAUGCUAACGGCCAGCAUUGGUUCUGCACAGGAGACAUUGGCGAGUUCCACUCUGACGGUUGUCUUAAAGUUAUCGAUCGUAAAAAGGACCUGGUGAAGCUACAAGCAGGAGAGUAUGUGUCCUUAGGAAAAGUGGAAGCAGCACUGAAAAACUGCCCUCUCAUUGACAACAUAUGUGCUUAUGCCAACAGCGAGGAGUCAUAUGUGAUUGGUUUUGUGGUGCCCUGUCAGAAGCAGCUGCUGGCUCUUGCCAAACAGAAACAAGUGCGAGGGUCAUGGGAGGAAAUUUGUAACCACCCUGAUAUGGAGAAGGAGGUGCUGCGUGUCAUUACUGAAGCUGCUGUAAAUGCCAAACUGGAGCGUUUUGAGAUCCCAAAGAAGAUCUGUCUGAGUGCUGAGCCCUGGACUCCAGAGACAGGCCUGGUUACUGAUGCCUUCAAACUCAAACGCAAGGAGCUCAAAACUCACUACCAGGAAGAUAUUGAGAGGAUGUAUGGUGGCAAGUAAAAGAAGAAAGGGUCAAACAGUAGCAGGAAUUGGUUUAAUUCAAAGGAUUUAGGAUGACCACAAAGCCAACAUAAUUUGAGUCCAAAUAUACAUUCCUACAUUAUUAUUUUUUUUUUAAAUAAACCUCUUAUAUCCUAUAUAGGAACUAUUAAAUAAUUGUAAGGCAUUGGCUGACCAAAUGAAAUUGAAAAUCAAAGAUGGUAAGCAGGCAAUUAAAUAUGUUUAAUAAGCAACAAUAAAGCAAUUGUGACCAGCGUUGUUCUAGUGGACUUCUAGAAGAUCAGAAUACUUUAUUAAUCCCCAUGUGGUAAUUGGGUAUAGAUUUAUAAGAUAUACAUUUGUAUUAUAGACUAAGGAGAUACCAGGACCUGACGUGGAUCAUUUCAGGACAUAAUGACUUUACUUUGAAUCUUGGACGUUGUAAUGGUUGAACCAGCUCCAUGUAGGCACAAGAAAAACAGGAGGGGAAAAAAAAACAAAACAGGAAAUGUACAAAGUAAGAGUGUCCUGUUGGAUUUUUUUUAAAAAUGAAGUCAAAAGACUUGAUAGUGAGACUGUUGAUUUGACCGGUGCAAGGUAGCAUUAUGCAGGGAAACUGUUUUAAACUGUUAGUUCUGUUUGUUUCUAUUUGGUGAUUACUGGCAUCUGUGAAUUAGUCUCCAGAGAUUUCACUUAUUUGAUCAUAUUCUGUUCAUGUGUUUUGUUUUGUUUUUAAAUCAAAGCACUCCUUGAUAUUUAGAAUUUAUUUUUGUUUUGUUUCUUGCACUUUUUCUUGGUUAUUCUUGUUUUACAUUUAUUCCAAAGUGUGUUACAAAGAAUUACUGGUACUCUGGGAUGAAGUGAUCCUGAUGACAGCGUUCAUAAUUUACUGUAUACUGCUCCUUGUAUAUAGUGCUAUAUUUUUGACUUUCAUACAUACUUUUAAUAGAUUAUUUGAAGCUCUCCAUUCCUAUUUCUACUCCAGUGGGUUAUCUUAAAAAAAAGUGUUUAGCUAAUACCACCAAUAUGACUGACUGUACAUGGAAAAGAGUGUGACAUGGAACUCAGCACUUAUGGUAUAUUCUACAGAAUGUGGGCAUAUUUGUAGUUUCAGUAGUUUCACCUGUAUAUCAUUAGCAACACCCAUUAAUGUAACAAGAACACCUUGUCACUCUGUUCUGGGAAGUAAUUUGGAUUAUUAAUUAAUCCAGGCUAUAAAGUGAUUGUUAAUUCUGUCUGUGACAGAGCAGCAACACUCGGAAGUGACUCCAUUGUAGAAACUUAGAUGUGUUCGGGAUCAUUUUGGCCUUGAUCUCAACAGCUAUAGGAAAAAAAGAACUCUUUUUACAUCUAACUAAUGAUUUCUAUAAAUAACAUCAGUCAACAAGAGAGGUUUUUAGGUGAAGUAAGUGUUAAAAUGAGAAACAAUAUGAUUUUCCUUAUUUUGUAUGAAUUUUGUGAACAUUCCUCUUCACGAAAAAAGACCAAGUAAAACAGAACUUGCAGACUUCUGAUGAAAUCACAGAACAAAACUAGUUAGGUUAUAAAUUGGUAGAGUUUCUGUAGAAUAUGCCUCGUAUUAAUUUUCCUGACACAUUGUUAAUCAUACUGGUGUUUUGGUUAAAGCUGAUCUUUUUAAGAUGGUAUUAAAUGUUCUGCCAAUUAUUGCUACUGUUACAGAAGAGCUAAGCAUUGCAUUGUUAAAUAAACCAGCAAGUUAACUCUUCACUCCAAUUCAGACAGGGGGUGUGUAAAUAUGUGUUGGGAUUUAUGUGUUUUAUAUCUCCUCCUUAUCCUCAAAACUAGGCAGGCAUUUGAAUUAAUGCUUGUGUGUGUUUUGUCCCUCUCCAGUGUUUAGUCAGCUUUGCUUAUUUAUCUAUUAGGAUUCUGUUUAAAUCUUUUUCACAGGAUUAGCAAGAAGUGGGCAGGGAAUAUAUAAAGCUUUAUUUGUGCAUAUAUCAUAUGCCUUUAGUCCAUACUCCUUUAAGAACUACAGAAGCAAAUUAGACGAAUGUUUACAUGAGACAAGUAUGUGUAGAAGGUUCAUGCCUUUGCAAAGACAUUUAAAAGUCUAAAACUAUUAGACUUUUAUAUUGAAUUCCUAUAUCUUGAUAUUGUCAUGGGACUAGUUAGUAGUUUGUGUCAAAUAAAAGUGUAAAAUAAAUGUGCAAUAAAUAUUUUUAUUUCAUUAUACACCUGUAAAUGCACAAUACUGACUACAAGAGCAUGAACUAACCUUCUGAUUAGACUUUUCAAGCUAUUUCAGUGGAGUUUAGUGAUAACAUUUUAUGAUUUCAAAAUGUAGUAAUAGAGACAGACCAUAUGGCAAACAAUGUGCUUUGAAAGGGUUUUUUUUUUUUUUUUUUUGGUGAAAUGUUAUAUUGGUAUUUAGUGCAUUCUAGUUCUAAAAUUAGGAACAAUUUGGCUAUAUUUUGGUGUCCUAGUAUUCAUCCAAGGUGAACUUUUAAACCGUGUCAGUGCCCGCAAAACAAUGUGUACUGCAACGCUUUGAAACAGUAGUAUAAUUGUAUAUAAUAGUUAAGUAAGUGUCUUCUAUAUAUUAUCUGCCUUAAAAAAAUUCAUUUUUAGCUGGUUGUCCUCAAACAGUGCAAGCAAAUCCGUAAAAAGCAUGUGAUUUUGAACUUAAACCUAAGAACAAAAAAUGACAAUCUAGUCCCACACUUUCACUUCCUACUGCACUUAUUGAGUCCAGUUCAAUAAUUUCGACACCCUGCACACUGUAGACGAUCUGAUUCUAGAACAUAAAAUGGUUACCUGAUAUCAUUACUUGUGACACAUGCAUGUUUUCUUUCGACAGUUAUUAAAAUUGGCACCUUUGCACAUUUAGGUGAUUUUUCUCUGAUUCAGCUGCAGACUUAAUCCAAAAGUCUGAUGCUCAUGUUUAAAUCCAUGAAUCUGGUUAAGUGUGGUUAAAGAGAAAAUCUGGUUUGUAUUUACACAGCAAACUUAGAUGUUUAAAUCACAUCUGCCUUCCAUCUCCUUUUAUUUAUUUAUUUAUUUAUUUUUUAACUGUAUAAUUGUGUUAGCCUGUUCAAAAGCAUGUAAAUGUACUCCAGGUCAUGCCUGGAUCCAGAAACCGAAUCCAAUUGCAUGUGUUUACACCUAUUGGGGGGGGGACAACACAUGAAUCUAUAAGAUCUGAAAAUCUGAACUCUUAUUAUACACUCCUAGUGCUUACAUUAUAAAUAUCUGUUGCUCUUCUCUAAGAACAAAAAUCCAUUCCCAUGCCAGAUGUAAACCAUAUACUGAUUGUUUUGUUUUUGUUUCUUGGUUUUGAUUUAAUUUGGGGGUAUUGAUUCUAUUUGAUGUGAAUGAAAUUACUGUUAUGCAGGUCACUUCAACUUUUUAUUUAUUUGGAAUUUUGCAUUGAAAGCGUGUAUAAGAAUAAAGGUUUGUGACACUUC